UGGCAGCUCCCUCCUAGCAGCCAUGAAGCGGCAGAACGUGCGUACCGUGUCCCUGAUCCUCUGUACCUUCACCUACCUGCUGGUGGGUGCCGCCGUGUUCGACGCCCUAGAGUCUGACCACGAGAUGCGCGAGGAGGAGAAACUUAAGGCCGAAGAAGUCCGUAUCAGAGGCAAGUACAACAUCAGCUCUGAUGACUACCAUCAGCUGGAGCUGGUGAUCCUGCAGUCUGAGCCCCACCGCUCUGGUGUCCAGUGGAAAUUCGCGGGUUCCUUCUACUUUGCCAUCACCGUCAUCACAACUAUAGGAUAUGGACACGCUGCACCUGGUACUGAUGCUGGCAAGGCCUUCUGUAUGUUCUACGCUGUGUUGGGCAUCCCUCUGACGCUGGUCAUGUUCCAGAGCCUGGGUGAGCGCAUGAACACCGUCGUGCGCAGGAUGCUGAGGCGUUUCAAGAAAUGCUGUGGCAUGCGCAACACUGAUGUUUCUAUGGAAAACAUGGUGACCGUCGGCUUCUUCUCCUGCAUGGGCACCCUGUGCCUUGGGGCGGCUGCCUUCUCCCAGUGCGAGGACUGGAGCUUCUUCCACGCCUACUACUACUGCUUCAUUACACUGACUACUAUAGGAUUCGGCGACUUUGUGGCCCUGCAGUCCAAAGGUGCCCUGCAGAAGAAGCCAUUCUACGUGGCCUUCAGCUUCAUGUAUAUCCUGGUGGGGCUGACCGUCAUCGGCGCCUUUCUCAAUCUCGUGGUCCUGCGAUUCCUGACCAUGAAUACCGAUGAGGAGCUGCUGGAGGGAGAAGUUGCGCAGAUACUUUCUGGACCCCCAAGCAACGCGAUACAUGUGCCACGUGGCCACUUUAGCUUCCAUCCUGUGGCCUUCCUGAGGAAACAUGGCAGGACCCUGUGCUUUCUCUGCUACCCACGUGGUGCCCCCGCCCAAGAUGAUGAUAAUGACGAUGUUCCCGAGGUUGUUACUGCGGGUCCUUCUGGUGCUGCUGUGGUUCACAGGAAUGUCCGGGCUACUGUCCACUCCGUUUCCUGCAGGGUUCACCAGCUCUCCCCAAACACACUGAGGAACACCUUCUUCCGGACCCCGUUCGGCACCAUCAUCCCGCCUGGGUUCCACACCUGCAGGCAUCACAACCACAGGCUGGUCCUCCGUCGCAAGUCCAUCUAAGUGUGGGAGGGAAGUAGACGGAGUCAUUUGUCAUGCCGAUGCGACCUAACUGCAUCUUCAAGAGAGGCGUCCAUGGAUGCUGGGUUUCACUGUGAAGCCCAAGCAGGCUUCGGAUUUCUGACCUCUCCUGGGGACCUCUUCCACGAGGGGCGAGUGUCAGCACCCUUCCCCUUAAAGACCUGUGGGAAUGGCCCAGCUAUACCUAGACAGAAGGCACAGAGCCAUGGUCCUUGUAGGGUCCCUUGCCUGCAAAUCUGUUGGGCCGCCUUGGCUCCUGGCAGCAACCUCAUGAGUGGCGAUGACCACCACACUCUCUCCUCAUUCAAUACCAUAGAAGUGUGACUUAUUGUCAUGUCACUGCCCUAGCCAUGAAGGGCUAUAUUUGUUAUCUCUGUCUUUGAGAUGUUUGCUCUGGCAUGUUCUAGAGCACAGUCCUUUCCCUUCCAACCCGUGAGACAUACCUGCUAUGGCUGUGUGACCUUUGCUUACCCUCCUGGAGGGUCUCCCUGUUGCUCCGCAGCAUGGAGGUAGAGAUGGAACACAUUGGUCCUCCCUUCAAAGUCCUUCCUGCCCUUUUUGCUCCCCUGUAGACUUAACCCUCCUCUGUGUUCCUCGAUGUUUGCUCCUCAUGGGUGAACACACGGAGAAGCAAAUUUCCCAUGGGUCAGCCCUAGGAGCAGAGAGUUAGAAAGCACUCGCAGAAGGGAGGAAGGCCCUAGAAUAUAAAGCAAGUCCAAGCAUGAGUUAUCUGGCUGAAGUAGACAUGGGGUAUUCCAAUGCAAAUCCCUGGAAACAACCCAAAUCCUGGUUUGCAUUGCAUUGCUCGCUAUUCAAUUGCACGUGCCUUGGGGGGUUGAGUGCGCCAUUCACAAUGGGCCCACAGCGCCAGAGGGUGGCUACGUCUUCAGACUAUAGAAGCAUGCUGGGAUGUUUCUCCCUGUAGUAGGUGGGUCUGGUGAUGGGAACAUCACAAGGGAAUCGGGUGGUGCUGUGUCAAUUUCUCCACGGAGGUAGGGUGGUUUGGGAGAUCAUGCACAUCCACACAAGACCCUGGACCUCUGGGGCUCUGGGAGAGACAAGAACGCCCACUUCUUGUUCCCUCUCCCAUCCCCAGAGCAGCAUGGUGUGGUGAAAGCUGCUUGGGGCUGGCAUUUCACACACCCGGGACCAACCUCCGUCAUUCACAGGUGGGUGGUGGCUUUACCCCUCCGUGCCUCAGUUUUCACACUCCCACACUGGAGGUUCUGAGCAGUUACCACUGCACAGGGUGCUUGUGAGAACUACAUGUGAAUGUUUCCUGAGCACCUGCUUUGCUCUCGGGAAAGUAUGUGCCCUUGGCCCAGCUCGCCUCCCUUCAGGUCAACUGGACGUUGUGCAGUCGUCCAAAGUAUAACUCCAGACCCAUUCUGGUGCAGCGCUGUGCAGAUAAAACAUCUUGUCCUGUUGUACGCCCAUGCUCUGCUGCUGGCAGGGGUGUGGGUGUUGGGCAGGAGGGCAGUCAGAGCUCUUCUGUUCAGCAGGUGGCUGACAAGGCUCAGAAAAGCUGCAAGACUGGAUCUCCAAGACAAGGUGUCUGCGGAUCCCAGAGGGUUGGUACUGAAGUGUGUGGGUGGGAGGGAGUGGAGGCCUCGAACACAGAAAAUCAUACAAGGGCACAACUUAGAAAAGGGAGGGAGGGGGUGUUACCUUUGAGGAAACCACAUGGCUGGGGUUCACCCUGGGGAGGAGGCUUUGCAUGGAUUCCUAAUGGAGGGGAGAAACUUCCAGGAAUGUACCUGGUGCCAGGAAUGUACCUCCUUUUCCUGCUUUAGUAAUGAAUGCUAAGAUGGGAACCAUGUGCUGUUUAAGCCUGUAAUUGUCAUUAUUAACCUUGUAGACAUUUGUCUUCAGGCAUCAUCUUCGUACCAAUGGACCCUAGAGGACAUGCCCUGGACCAACGGUAUAGAGUUCUCUGGCAUGAAGGGUGGCCAGCAGGCCCAUGCACAUGGCAGAAAGUGGCUGCCACCUGCACAGGACAAAGGGCUUCUGCUGGACCCCAUCCAGUAACACUGUGUGACCCUGUCAGGUGACCCUUCCUGAGAGGUAGACCUGAGAAUGACUUUGAGCAUAGAAAUGUUCAAUCCAGUCACCCCAGCCAAGGAUGGUUCUGAAAGGAUUGGGGGUGGGGGGGUGUAGAGCCUCAUCCUGCAGAUGCUGGUAUAACUGAUCUUCUGAGAACAUGGGGCUGGAAAUUUUUCUCAAAGGGUACCUUGGUCUUGUCUGAAAUUGUGUGGGGACACAAAGGUGGACAGUGGGAGGGGUGGGCUUGAUCUUCUUCUCACUGUACCUUCAUCAUGGUGACAACUGACAUGAAGGGCUAUGUUGGGAGAGAGCUUAUGGUCUGGAGGGAGGUGGGAGAAGAGGAAGGAGCUUGAAUUACUCAGUGCAUUUCGCUUUAUAGUUUCCCAUUUGCUCUUGGGUCCUGACCUCUUCGAAGGCUCCAAUCCAGUUCUGGGGAGACUUGGUAUCCAGAGAGCAUGCUCAAUUUGGAAUGUGAGGGAGGAUCUUGUGAACUCCAGGCAUAGCUUUGGCUCUGGAAACAGUGUUGGCUUGCCUUUUGCAGCUUGCUGGGCAGUGGGUAGAGGGGACCCUGGGCAUCUUCCUAAGAGCCAGCCCUGAUGUACCAUCCUUAUAUAGGGUUGUGUCACAGGGCCUUGGCAACUCAUUUCUCAUCCUCCUCUGCAGAAGAUGGAAUGGCCAGGUCAGAAGUGGGUGUCUCUUGGGCACACACUGGUACACAGGAGAUGAAACUCAUGUCAGUACACCCUAGCUCUUUGCUGGCAUUUGGUAGACGAGGUCAGAGGAGAGCUAGGUCAAGUCCUUACAAGCUGGCACAAGAUUCCCAAGAAUGGGCCAGUUACCCUCUCUCGGGGACUUUAUCCUUUGCCAGGCUGAGCUGUAUUGUGGACUUGUCACUGAAGAACUGGCCUGCAUCAAGCUUAUCACCCAUCCAGUGGCCUUUCCUUCAGCUCCCUUGAACAAUGGCAUGGUUGUGGGUGGGACAUUCAUCAGGCAACCAGGCCCUCAUACUCCUAAAGGGUCCUUGCCUUUUUUUGCCUAGAGAGGAUGGCACAGUUCCCGAUGUGAAUUGCAACGGUGGGGACAUUUCUGUGCAGUAGUGGCUGAUGUUCACUUAGUGGUCCCACUGUCACUCACAGAUGAGCUGGAGCAACUUUGCUACAUUAAGAGUCACUCUGGAGAGCGCAGUGGGCAAGGCCCUCCCUGGCCCCAUGAGGCUGUGAGUUCAGUGGACCACAUGCUUCCAAGAUGCGUGAGCUCUUGCUGCAGGUUUCGGGAGCAGAGAGAGGAGCUAGAGCAUGCCUUGACAAUUGUUUUCAUUUUUUCAAGCUGGAACAUUAGAAGUUGGGUAGAAAAAUAAAACUCAAAUGAAACGGGAAAAAUGCGAUGAGUGGGAACCCAGUGAAGCAGAACCCACAAUUAACAAGAUUUCUCUGUAAUUUGAUGGCUCCUCAGAGAAGACCAUAUUCCAGAAAAGGGCUAAUUAUACCAUUUGUUUAUUCAGGCCACAAAUAGCAUCUUGACAGCUGGUUUUGGGUUGGGAAGGCCCUUCUGAGGUCAUCUUAGCCCAUCUUCUGCCUUAUCAGAAACCUCCACCAAACAGACACGGUGCUGAGGGUAGAGACCCCCUGAAUCCUGCUGGGCAAAAUUUGCAUAAGAAGUCAGGUUGGUCCCAUUGGGAGAAAUCUGGGAUAUUUUGUUAUUUUCCCAUACAUUGAUAGAAAGGUUUACAAUUAUACACAGAAGACAAGGAACAGAGGAUGUCAAAGACAAUGAACUGAAUUUUUACCCCACAGUUGAUAAACAGGGGAAGAAGAUGCUGUAGCCUAUUCCUAGCAGGUUAAGAAAGAGUAGAACAUUCCUCUCAUAGCUGUACUGUCUUAACCUCAGCCCAGUGUAUAUCUGUGUACCUCAUGACAGCAAAACAAAACCAGCCCACAAGCAAAAAACAAAACACCUGUCAUUUGUGACCCCAGGUAUAGACAUGAAGCUUGAAUUGGUGUCAAAUGCAUCUCUGUCAAAAUAAAUGGCAUGUACUCACAGGGUU